AUGACUGAGGCUGAAAAGUGGGGUUUACCUGGUUUGCUGGCCAAAAUCCGCAGUAACGAUGCAUCUUCUGCCUUCACCAUGGGUGUCGACAUCAACUCAUUAGGUCUUGAUUUGGACAGCCCGGAAUCGCUAUUCGCUACUUUCUCUACCCCCUUCGCCGACAAUCGAUCACGUCCUGUCAUCCCGGAGUACACGUUACCUGCUGGCUACACCGUCACCAACGUUCCCGCGCUGGGUUCGCGCAUGAACGCCUUCUCUGAUGAGACACUCUUCUUUAUCUUCUAUCAGAACCCUAGAGAUGUUGUGCAGGAGCUUGCUGCUGGUGAGCUAUACAGCCGCGAUUGGCGUUGGCACAAGGAACUGCAGCAGUGGAUGAUGAAGGACAGUCAGAUGGCUGCUCCCAUACGCGUUAGUGAGCGUAGUGAGCGUGGAGUCUACAUUUUCUUUGAUGCCAACAACUGGAGACGUGAGCGCAGGGAGUUUGUACUCAAUUACGAUCAUCUGGAUCAGAGACACGGCGCCGCCCAGCCCCAGGCUACACUUUAG